GGAACGCUUAGCUGUCAAAGUCACGAUCAUCUGUCUCUAACCUCAAAGUUUUCUCCGAUCAUUUACUGGCCAAAAUAUUGCUUUUAAUUUUACAAAAUGAGGCGCCAAAUAUUAUGUUUAUCAACUAAAAUCAGGCAAAAUAAUUGCUUUAAGACUUCACCAUUGAUAAGAUUUCUGAGUACCCAAGAGGCUAUAGAUCGUCGUUAUCAUCUUUUCACGUUGGAGAAGAAAAGGCAAGCUGAGAAAAUUGGCAGAAUUGAGAAAAUCGAAGUUCAGUACAAAGGCAUACCAAAUGACUGCACUCUGGUUAUGAAUAAAGGAAUUUCAACACCUUACGACUGUGCUAGACAUUUAAGUGAAUGGCACGUAGACACUAGUGCGCUGGCUCUGCUUGAUGGCACAGUUUACUGGGACAUGCACAGACCACUUGAAGAGAACUGCACAUUGGAACUCCAAAACUUCACAGUGCCCGAGCCGCAGCAAGUGAACAGAGCAUUCUGGAGGACGUGCUCGUACAUGCUCGGCGCGUGCGCAGCCGUCGCCUUCAAGGAUACCGUGCCUGUUAAGCUUCAUAGUUUUCCGGGACCUGAUAUCCGCAGUGGUUCCUUCAUAUACGACGUGGACCUCCCAACCCUGGGAGACUGGUCCCCCUCCCACCAGGAGCUGGUAACACUAGGAGCGGAGUACGUCAAGUUGAUCCAAAAGAAUGAACCGUUGGAACGGCUGGAAGUCAGCGAGGAGUUAGCACUGGAGAUGUUUGUGGAUAACGAGCAUAAGACCAAGCAGAUUCCUAGUAUUGCUAGGAAUAAUGGUAAGGUUACGCUAUAUAAAGUGGGCAAGCAUGUGGAUAUCUCGAAGGGUCCCAUGAUCAGCCACACGGGACAAAUUGGAAGAGUAUCAGUCGUCUCCGUCCAUAAGUUGAAUGGCUCAACAAACAGUGAUUUGAAACAGCUAUACCGGUUCCAAGGAGUUGCGCUGCCAAAAGGAGUCAUCAUCAACCACUUUGCCUUCUCCAUACUCACGGAAAGAGCUAAGAAACUGAAUACAGCCAAAUCCCCGAUUUCGAAAGUGACCGAGCCUGAAGAGACUGAAAGCAUAGCGAUGAAGGCGUGAACCACCUUACCUUAAUGUUUACACGUAAUCUUAAGUAGUUGCAUAGUUAUUUGUAAGUUAUUAAAAACAUAAUAAGAAA